UCCGCUAUACACGUUUUUUCCUACUGCACUUUCUAUCUCCAUAUUAUUUCUAGCAUUCAUUCCUGUAUUCCUUUAUGUGUAAGAUGAUUCCCGAUGAAAAGAAGCCUGUGCCUUGGGGACUGCCGCCUCUGCGGUCCGAGGUCCUUGCGCGCCAGUCGGCCGAAGCGGCACCAGCGUCGUCGCAGCCUCCAGGCGGCACCACGCACACCACCAGCACGCACAGCGAGCACGCGUCCAUCGACAUGGGUGAAAAGAGAUCGUCCAUCGACCUGAACGAAAAGAAGCCGUUCAUCGACACCCCUCCCUACGAGGAUAUCGGUGAGCCAGCCCUGGCCGUCUCCAGCAACGGUUACACGCCGCUGGCUCCGCGUCCACUGGACAGCAGCGUGCCCGGCAGCUCCAAGCGCCUGAUGGUACUGGCAGGCGGGCUCUUGAUGAUUGGCGGACUAAUCGCAUUCAUCAAGUGCGGAAUGUACGACCCGACGAAGAUAAACCCAGCGACCUUCACGCCGACGACUAUCGGUACAGGCACCGAGACGCUGCUGACGGUCGAGAACCUGCUUGACGCGGGGUUUGACGAAAACAACACGGUUGCGUGGGACCGGCUGGCGGAGAUGACAGACCUGUAUGGGCACCGCAUGACGGGCAGCGACGGAUACGACCGGAGCGCCGAGUGGGUCCUCAAGACAAUCAAGCAGGAGGACACGAAUCUGACGGCCUGGGCCGAGCCUGUGUGGGUCAACCAGUGGGUGCGCGGCAGCGAGUCGCUGCGGCUGUUUGCGCCCACGCGGCCCUCGGGCUUCAUCGACAUCCCCGUGCUCGGACUCGGCAACUCCGUAUCUACCCCACCGCAGGGCAUCGAGGCCAAGAUCAUUCCCGUGCACUCGUUCGAGGAGCUGGCAGCGCUUGGCUCCGACGUGAUCUCGGGCAACAUCGUGCUGUUCAACAUGCACUUUUCAGGAUACGACAGGGUAGUGAAGUUCCGCGGUGGCGGCGCCCAGCAGGCAGCCAAGCUCGGCGCGCUUGCUGUGCUGGUGCAGUCGGCGACGCCUGACUCGUCGGUGGACUCGGUGCAUACGGGCAACUCGAUCCGGGCGUCAAUCCCAGCAGCAUCGGUCUCGCCGGCCGAUGCCGGGCUCAUUGAGCGCAUGUACAGGCGGGCGCUUGCAGGCAAGUCUGCCGACCACGUGUUCCCGCGCGCCAAGCUGGUUAUGAACAACAAGUUCACCGAGUCCUCCAAGCAGUCGUCCAACAUCAUCGUUGACUUCAAGGGCGCCGAGUACCCGGACGAGAUCGUGCUGCUGUCGGGCCACUUUGAUUCGUGGGAUGUCGGCGUCGGUGCUAUGGACGACGGUGCCGGUGCGUUUUUGGCCUGGGAGGCCGCGCGGCUGAUCGCCAAGGAAGGCCGUGCGGCGCGUCGCACGAUCCGCGUCGUCAUGUGGAACAACGAGGAGACGCUGCAGCGCGGCGCCAACGCAUACCUGGAGGCACACAAGGACGAGAUCCACAAGCACCGGUUUGCGUUUGAAAGCGACAUUGGCGUGUUUGAGCCCUGGGGGCUGGCUGUCCAGGCCGACAAGAAGCUGGUCAGCAACCUGGUCAACUACGGCCAGGAUCUCAUCAAGGUCCUGGGCGCUGGCAACAUCACGGUCGUGGAGGAUGCGCCUGGCGAGGACAUUAUGGGUCUGUGCAAUGCCGGCGUGCCGUGCGCGGGUGUGUUAAGCCUGAGCCCCGAGGGCAACCUGACCCCGCUGGAGCCGCACUGGGAGGACCAUUACUUCCGCCACCACCACGCCAACAGCGACCGUAUGGAGGUCAUUGAUGCGGGCCAGCUCAGGCGCAGCGCCGCGGCACUGGCUGCCUGGGCGUAUCUUGUUGCGGACAUGUUCUAAAUCUUUCUUUUAAAUGUAGACCUGCUUCAUGUGCUUUGAAAUGUCAAUCUCCUCUGCGUUGCUCGCGGCUGUCGUUGUCGUCGCCUGUUGCUGUUGCUGCUUUUGGUGCGCCUUGCGUUUCUUGAUCUUGGCCAUUUCCUUGCGCUGCUUCUUCGACUCGGCCUUCUUUUGGCGUGCGGCACCUUUUGUUGGCUUCUUUGACACUUUUUGUGAGUGUUGCUCGUGUUGGUCCUUGUGUUCCUCGGACUCCUCCGACUCCUUUAGUUCUUUUGGCUCGAUUGGCUGAUCCGGACCAUUGUA